AUGAGGGCGCUCAAAUACUCUUCCGCUGCUGUGCAGGACCUCUUGCUCAGUCGUGGAGACCUAGACAUCAACAUUCAAAAUCAAGCGCGGGAGAGCGCCCUGUGGUAUGCCGUCCGCUACGGAAACCUUUCCGCCGUCAAGACCGUUCUAGAACAACCCAAUGAUGAUUCAGGCCGCUCGCCAUGGGACUGUGCACGUCGCUUUAAUAGGCCCGUGAUGGAAAUGAUUUUUUCAAACGAUCCGAUGGCUAAGGUAUUUCUUGGUACUCAAUCAUCGCAGGAUGCUGAGCUACCUCUUCACCAAGCGGUAUCCUAUGGGUCGAACCGGAAUGGCUAUACGCCGCUCCAUCUCGCCAUUCAAAACAAACGCUUGGAAAUGGUCAAUUUGCUCCUAAGUCACCCACGUGCCAACGUGAACUGCAAAGACAAAGAUGGCAAUACGCCACUGUGGCUGUCUACUUACUCGUCAUGCGACGGGAUAGCCGAAAGGCUGUUGGCCGAGAAAGACAUCAACGUUAAUUUUGUUGGAGGUUGCGGAAGAUUCGAGACGCCCUCUACAUCUCUACACCACGCCGCGUCCAGGUUGGAUACCGUGCUCCUACGACGGCUGCUUGCGGUGCCAGGGAUCAGUCUGAAUCUCUGUGUUGGAGGCCACUCUACAAUCUCCCUGGCCGCAUAUCACGGACGCGUGAACACGGUUGCUUGUCUACUGAGUAUGGAGGGCGUGGAGAUCAAUGGAAGGGAUGUAAUAGAUCCGCCUAUUUGUCGAGCGGUUGCACAUGGCCAUCUCGAUGUGGUAAGGCUCUUAGUGCAGCAAGGCGCACGUCUGAACAUCAAUGAAAGCACGAUCGCAACUCACGACACUGCUCUCUGCAUUGCCGCCGCUGGUGGUGACUUGGAGAUGGUCCAGGCACUACUAAGCCAUGAUCGGAUUGAUGUGAACAUCAGGAAUCAAUGUUCUGAGGAUCCAUUGAUGUUGGCGGUCAAGGGCGGGCAUUCCUCGAUUGUUGAUGCACUUUUGGUCAAUCCCAGACUGAAACACUUCAGUUUGACAAAAUCCCUGAAUCUAACAAGGAACGAUUGCAUCCAGAGGGCCAUUCGAAGCAGAAUGGAAGACGCCAACACUCCGCAAAAGAUUGCUGAAGCGGUCUCCGAGGAGAAGGUUUGGUGGUCUGUAAGAGCUGGCCACAUCUACUUCGGGUAG